AUGGGUUGGCUAUGGUCUUCGACGCCUUCCAAGGAGGAUAAAACAGCGACGCCAGUCGAGAAAACACCUUCUACCAAAUCAACUACCUCGACUUCAGUCUCAGAUCCAACACACUCAUCAAACUCCAACUCCAACCAGAAUACCGACCCCGAAAUUCAGAAAUUCUUCGAGCUCUUCGAAGCCGAAAAGAACAAACCAACACCUACACAAGACGAACAACAACAGUCUUCCUCUUCCUCCUCCUCUCCAUUAUCAUGGCUCGCCCUUAAAAAGUCCCCCCGCUCAACCGCCCCUACACCUUCCAACAUCCCACCCCGCGACGCUCUCUCCGAAGCCCUCCUGCCCACCGACAUGUCCUGCCGUCAAGCCUUCGACCAAGCAUGGGGAUGCAACUCCAUGGGCGGCCAAUUCACAGCGGUAUACCGUUACGGAGAGAUGCGCUCGUGCAGCGAGCAUUGGGAUGACUUUUGGUUCUGUAUGCGUGCGAAGGGAUAUUCUGCUGAGCAGCGAGAGAGGGCUGUGAAGGAGCACUAUCGCGCGAAGGAGUUUACAAAGUAUGGACCAGGAAAACCGAGUAGUGAGGAUGUGUGGGAGAGUAGAGGGGAGAAGGUGCAGGUGGGGACAUUUUUUACUCAGUCGAUUGAUGAUUAA